GGGAAUAUUAUGGUCCUGUUGCAGAGCGCUCGGUGAGAGAAAGAGAGAGAGCGAGAGCAAUCACAUCAUGACUCUUUAUCAUCCACAUCUAUUUCCCCAACGGACGUUCUCGUGAUAACAUCGGACAUUUACUGACAGACGGCUGUUUAGAUGGCUCCGUAGGUACUACUAACGGUAGGUUCAUGUGAAUUGGACGUUCUCUAAAUGUUUGGGACCUUCAAUAAAGGACACAUGAAAGGGACAUCAUCUGAAAACUCAGUUUUUGUUUGGCAGCGUUUGACACCAGUGAGCCACGUGUGCUAAUUUACAUGUUUAAAACUCAUUACUGACGGAUUAUUAUGCGUAAGUCGUGUGAACUGGACACUUCUGACUCCACAAUCUUGAUAUUUUAUACUCUGGUGUAAAUUUCAGUUCCUAUAUUGACUUUUUUUUUUAUAUAUAAAUCUUUCUCGAAGUAUUCUGAAACAUGGCUUUACCUGACAAUGCUGUUAGCCGUCCUGUGGAGGACCUGUCCUUCCCUGAAAUCAUUGAGCUGAACGUGGGGGGUCAGGUGUACAUCACGCGCGUCUCGACUCUGACCAGCGUGCCGGACUCGCUCCUGUGGGAGAUGUUCAGUCAGAAGAGCACCAGCAGCCUGGCGCGAGACACCAGAGGCCGUUUCUUCGUGGACCGAGACGGAUUCCUGUUCCGGUAUAUUCUGGACUACAUGCGAGACGGUCAGCUGGUGCUCCCGGAGCACUUCCCCGAGCGAGGCCGUCUGCAGCGAGAGGCCGAGUUCUUCCACCUCCCCGAGCUGGUGAAGCUGCUGGCCCCCAAGCUCACCAAACAGAGCUCUCUAGGGGACGAGGGCUGUCAGAGCGACCCCGAGGACCCCUCGCCCGGGGCCGACGUCGCCCGCAGCCUCGGGGCCGCUCCCUGCUCCAGCGACGGGAAGUGCUCCGGCUUCAUCACCAUCGGCUACCGGGGCUCCUACACGCUCGGCCGGGACAGCCAAACAGAUGCCAAGUUCAGACGCGUGGCUCGGAUCAUGGUGUGUGGGAAGACCUCUCUCGCUAAGGAGGUUUUUGGGGAAACGCUGAACGAGAGUCGUGACCCCGAUCGCCCUCCAGAGCGCUACACGGCGCGCUUCUACCUAAAGUUUACUUUCCUGGAGCAGGCUUUCGACCGGUUGGCGGACGCCGGCUUCCACAUGGUGGCCUGUAACUCCACAGGGACCUGCGCCUUCGCUCACGAGCAGACUGACGACAAGAUCUGGACCAGCUACACCGAAUACGUAUUCUUCCGAGGCAAAGCAUCCACGUCGCCGUGCUUCAGUGAACCAGAUGCUGACAGAGCAGUGGAGGAGGACAUAUAUAACCCACAUAUAUCCAACGUCUGCAGCCAGGAUGACACAAGCAUUGCUCUUGACCUGGACAAUGAAUCUCUUUCGGACCCCCUUCCUCCUCUCCCUGCACCCCUGGACAGCCCUGAGCCGCCCCUGCCCCGCGAGCCGAGCCCCCCUCCGCUGACCGCGGUCAGUCCUGCACGACCCACCACCCUGUCUCUGAAAACACUGCCCCGACCCACACCCAGCACCAUCACCAGGGAGAACGGAGGACCGCUGAGCAAAGACCCUGAAGAAGAGGAGAAGAAGCAGAUGGAGGAGGAGCUGAAGAAAUGCAUCGAGGAUUUCAGGAAAAUCCGCAUCCCAAAACUUUUCCCAGACCGCAAGAGACACUGGCAGAGUGAUCUGCUCAAAAAAUACAAUGCGUAAUACAGAUAAACCCUAAAACCUAGCAUUGUUUGGGUCCUGUCUGCACCAGCUAUUGUCACGAUCCUCUCUCAUGUUUCCGUGUCCUAGUUGGAUUUCCGUCUUCCGUGUUCGUGUGCUGGAUUGGGUUCGUGUUGUCGUCCUCGUGUCAGUGUUCCGGUCUGUUCCUGGUUUCAACCAUUGACCACCUUCACCUGCACCAUCGACUUCACCAUCCAGCUCUUCUCACGCCACCGUAGACCUUCCUUGCCAUUGCCAACAUUCUGGACUCUCUUUCUAAUAAACAUCAUCUGAUUGCCUGCAAUUGCUUCCUCCUCUUUUACCUGUCGUUACAGCUAUACUCUAAGUAAAUGACUUUGCAUAGUUGUGGCUAAAGCAGCACUGCAGUUCACACAUUGUGUGAUCAAACGACUCGCUAGAGACUCUUCAGCGGGAACCUGAUCUAAAUGACGCGUGUUAUGACUGCCCCAAAAAAAUCGAAAUGAAUUUUUUAGUGUCCAUAUUUAUUGCUCCUUAAUAAUGUCAAAUAUAGUUCUUGAAUGCUACUUAAUAACCUGUUAUAUUAUUUUCUGAUUAAAACUGCCGUCCGUACGUUUUGUCUCUGUUUGAAAGCUGCAGUUGCAGUUAUUUGUGGAGUUAUUUGUUAUCUUCCUUGUGUGGGUCGUGCAGCGGAGUGCCUCCAGCGGAUGAAUCGAAGGUUUUGGGGAGUAUGUGUGCCUGUCAGACACCACACCAGUGUGAAUACAGUACUCACGAAUCACAGAUUCUACGUCUUGGAAGUAUGACCCAAAUAAGACUUUUCAACAGGAAAAUUCAUCUGAACAAGUCAAUAAUAUGUCUGCCACUUUUUUUGUUCUGACCAAUGCUAUUACUCUGAUACAUUACACUAUCAAUGAUUAUUAGCCUGAAUCCAAUGAUCGCAUAGCUCAUAUCACAUCAAACAUGCAAAUUAUUAUUGUUAUGCUUUGUUCUCAGAAUGUUAAUGUUCACAACAUAAGCAUUGCAUUGCUACAUGUAUUUAACGUUGAUUAGCAUUAACUGUGGACUACAGGUGAAUCUUAACUGAUGAUUGUAGUAUUGACCUUUCUGGAUUACAAUCCGCCUUCAAAAUAAGUUUAAUUAUUCCAGCUGCUGUGAGAAAAGGCUGUUAAUGAUCCCCUUCACCUGCAGCAUCCUCACAUGUGAUGUACUGUAGCCUACCAGUCCCACGCAGAUCAGAAAGCAGUAUUAUAAGCUUACCAUCAUGUAUCGGACUAAAGUAAGGAGACGGAGAGGAACAAUGGCUGGUUUUAUACUUGCCCCAAAAUUCAUUAUGGAUAGUUUUUAACCAAAAAACUGCAGCUUUACAUACUAAUGACUUUACAGAGCUUCCAAAUUGCUGAUUACAUUUAAUUUAGUGUUGUCUUUUCAGCAUUACAAUUGUGAAAAUGUACUUUGGACAACAUCACAAUGCAUUACAGAGCAGUUGUAUGUCUUUGAUUGAGUCCAGAGACUAUUAACAGUUUAGUAACAACAAAUCUUUCUUAAAACUUCUUAAAAAUGUGUUGGUUUAUUUUUCAAGCCGUUGAUGGUUUAAGAUUUACACUUUUUUUUUUUUACGUCAUUAACAGAGUAUGAUCAUUUGUUUAGAUAUAAAACAUUCUUGUACCAUGAGUUAAUUAUGGUAAAAUGCAUUUAUUGGUUAAUUUAAUAGUAUGGAUCACUAAUA